AUGGCACGUGCCAGCGGGCCCAUGCCGCCUGUCAUGUCUGUGCCAGUGCCCAAGAUGGUGUCUUCCCAGGUUACCGUUGCUUCUGUUGUCAAGCUUGCCCUGGGCAGGGUCAGGCUGCAGGACUCUUGGAGUGUGCACCUUGACAAGAAGCUGCGUGCUGCCAUUCAGAAGUGGGUGUCUAUCGUCCUUGAGGAUCCACUCACCUUUGAUGUUGGCCGCAGGUGUGCUGCCGCGUCCUGCCAGGAUUCCGCAGUCUCGCAAGGUUUGCUGCACACCUUUUCGGGCAAAGCUGCGGGUACACUGCACAAUCGUGCGGGACCGUUGCUCCGUUUUGUGGCGUGGGCCAAGAAGCGGCGUCUCCAGCCGCUGCCACUGAGAGAGAAAGAUGUGUGUGAGUUCCUGCUUGAUUUGGAGGAUUCCAGCGCGCCGUCUUUCGGCAAGGCACUCAUGUCCUCGUUGGCGUUUUGCAAGUUCGUUUUGGGUGCUGAGUCUUUCUCUGACUCCCUUUGCAGUGGCCGCCUUACAGGGCUUGCGCGUGCCUCUUUUCUUAAAAAGAGGAAGAGGCGACAGAAGCCGCCACUCACCGUUGCUAUGGUCAAGAGAUUGGAGCGCCUUGUUGUGGAUGAGUCAGAUAAUGAUGUUGACAGGCUGUGUGCAGGCUUUUUCUUACUCUGCAUUUAUCUUCGUGCUAGAUACAGUGAUGGCCAGGCCCUGAUGAAUCUGGUUUUGGAUGAGCCGGACUCUUUCAUGGGACCACUUGCAGGGUACUUCCAAGGUGAGACUUCAAGGACGAAGACCAGUUUCUCCUUGGAGAGGAAAACAGCAUUGCUUCCUAUGGUGGGGCCAUUGUGCGGGGUGGCGUCCGUGCCUUGGUUCAGGACGUGGAUGAGCCUUCGUGAGGACCUCGCCAUUCCCGAGGGAGAAGAUUUUCCUCUCCUGCCCAGCCGUGGUCAGGAGGGCGGAUGGUCGGGUGUUCCGCCCACGGCCACUGUAGCAGCUGGUUGGUUGCGCGGGAUUUUGUCUGCCAGAGGUUUCCCUGAAGCCUCAAAGCUUGGUACUCACAGCUGUAAGGCUACGACCUUGUCUUGGAUGUCAAAGUACGGUGUUGACGCGCUGCACCGGAGGAUUUUGGGAUAUCACAAGGCUCCGCAGGAUGAGAUGAUGCACAUCUAUGGGCGUGACAAUGUUGCGCCUGCUCUGAGGUCUCUUGAGUACGUGCUCGCCGAUAUAAGGAUCGGCAAGUUCCUCCCGGACACCACGCGUUCGGGCUAUUUCCCAACUGAUCCCGAGCGCGAACCAGGUCCGGAGUUCAAUGAUGAACCGUCGGCCUCGGAGGCGUCAUUGGACGAAGAGGACAACGUUCAGGACCUUCGUGCUGAAGAGGCUGCGGCUGAUGAGAUCAUACCGCCUUGGGCCGAGUUAGCUGUGGGAGACCCUGAUGCCCAUGUGUACAUCAGGCACAUUACUUCCCGCAAGCUUCACCGUCUCGCUGAUGAGGGUUUUUGCGCCCUGGCCGUCACAGAGAGCAAGGCAAACUUCUCUUCGAGGGCGAAGGCUCUUGGAUUGGAGGAUCCAGUGCUGGUGAAGUUCGUUGACGCUGGCAUUGAUUGCAUGAGCAAGUGUGCUUUCUUGAGCUCAUACGUGCCCGGGAGCACGGAUGAGAGCCCAUUCACUGCUGCCAUCGUCAAAGUGCUUGGGCGUGACCCUUCGAUUGCGGAGCUCAGUGUGCUUCGCCGCUUGCUGCAUGAGAGCUACAACCUAACUGUGUCUGAAUUACAAUCACAGGUUGAAAGGACCGAUGACUCUGCUCCGAGAAAGCUCGCAGCGCCCGACCGGGCCGACAGGUUGCAGCGACAGCAGGUUCGGCUGAGUGGUUUGACGAUCCACGGCCCGACUCUUCCGGGUCAUGCCGUGAUCGAUAAGUGCGUUCAGAUGUAUGAGGAUAACGUGCUUCAUUACUUGCCGCCUCAGUCGUGCCCUUGCCGUGAUGAUGAGGUCAAGUUCAAGAAGGAUCGCGAUGAUAAGAUGUUGUCCGUUGAUGGUGCCGGUCAUGUGUCUCUACGCACCCAGGUUGCAAAGGUUGAUGCUGAUGUGUCCUCAGACCUUCUCCUCAAGCUGGCAUUGACCCGUCGAGGUUUGGCCCUAGACCAGGCAGGGAUAGUCACCUUUUCGGAGCACGAGCGGUGGGUGGAAGCACUUUUUACCGCGCGUUUCAGGGAUCCACCUGAUAACUAUGCACGUGUGACGCUGCAGCAGCUUAUGCAGGCUGAACGGCAGCUGUUUGUUGAAGCAGCAGAUCGCACUCGGCAUGGAAUCCAACUUGUUUCUGACGGCAAGCCAGUUGAUAAGAUUUGGAACGAGGCAAUGAAUUGCAAUAAUGUCACACACCUUUUGCAGCCUUUGGUCGCAGCCCCUCCGGCUCCUUUCGGGCCUGGCCCGUACGAUGACCGAAGGCCCUGGAAAGGUGUGCAAUCCAUGGACCAAACGACGGACGAGAAAGAUGCUGCGCCGAGCGGUGAGCCUCUCGUGCGCUCUUCUUCUGAAUGCAGUGUCCCUGAAGGGGAAGUUUUGCAUGCAGGUCCAAAUGGGUUGCCUUCCGCUGAAGAAUUCGCUUCAAGUCUGAUUGGGAAGUGGAUUGAACAGGCUGAUGUUUUGAAGCUUUUCGAUUGCCUCCCGAAAGCUGCGCCGCAACGCGGCUCCGGUGGCGGCAUUUCAUUUACCACUGGGGCCUUUGCCAAGGUCAAGGUGGGACUCAGGAGCAAUGUCGCUGUUUUUCCAAAGUCCACGCAGGUGCUGGCUGCUUUUGUAAGGCAGUCUGCUCCUGCCCACAAGUUCACAACCGUCGUGCUUUUUGAUGGCGUUCGCACGGCCCCGCAUCGUGAUCAGCAGAAUUCCUUCUUGCCUAAUUUGGCCAUUCCCUUGUCCCGUUUUACUAAAGGUUCAAUUUGGGUGCAAUCCAGCAAGGGUCCCCGCACUCGGACUGUUGAUGGUGCAACCCUUCAAGGGGUGGCAUUGCCUGUGUCGGAUGGCCCUGUCCUGUUUGAUGCACGCAGGCAGAUGCACCUCACUGAUUCGUGGCAGGGCAGGAGGGUCAUUUUGGUUGCUUUCUCUAUUUCGGCCUUUGAUAAGCUGUCUCUCGAGGCUUCGCAACGCUUGAUUUCACUUGAUUUUGCCUUGCCAACCGAGCCAGAGGUCGAGCACUUCCGUGCGCACCCACAGCUGCCUGCUCGCCUGCCGUGGCCGCCGCGUUUCCCUCUGCUGUCGAGUGCUUCAGCAACCAAGGCUUUUACCGAGGCGUUGGUUCCCAAAGAACCACUUUUUCUUGAGCUAUGUGCCGGCACCGCCAUGCUUUCUCGCUGCUUUCGUGAAGCGGGUGUGCCUGUCAUGCCCAUUGAUCACCAGCACAACCGCCAUCAUCCGUUGGCGCAGGUCUGCAAUCUCAGCUUGACCGAGGAGUCCACUUGGGUCUUCUUGCGCAAUUUGGUGCGUGAUCAUCCUAUACUCUUCGUGCACGCUGCCCCGCCUUGUGGCACGUGCUCCGCAGCGCGCAACAUAAAGCGAAAAGGGGUGUCCGUGGCCCCGCUUCGCUCUCCUGAGCAUCCCAUGGGUUUGCCUUCGCUGACUGGUGUCAACCUUGACAAGGUCAAGGCUGCAAACAAAAUUUACGUUGGCCUUGCCCAGUUUCUUGAUUUGCUUUGCAGGUCCAACAUCCCAUGGACAGUUGAGAAUCCUGAGUCAAGCAUGCUUUGGCAGCUGCCCUGUUUUGCUCAUUUGGUAAAGAAUUUUCCGAGGGUCAAUUUCGACAUGUGUUGCUAUGGUGGUGCACGAUUGACUCACCGUACGCUGCUUACUUCUUGUGAUGCCAUCGAAUAUUUUCGCCAGCGCUGUCCGGGUGGGCACGACCACCUUCCGUGGAAGCCACAGCGCCGCGCUGAUGGCACGAUGUCUUUUCCUACUGCGCAGGAGGCAGCCUACCCCAGGCCCUUUUGCCAACAGUUCGUGGCGCUGGUCUUUAGGCACUUGGGUCGUCCCUUGCCUGUGCAUCCUACUGCGGCCACGCCUGCCGCUGCUGCCACUUCUUCUGCUCGGCAACCUCGCGGGCGUAAACUGCCUCCUGUUAUGCCUGAGUUCAAGCGUGUGCUUGUCUACCAAGUUCAUGCUCUGCCGCCUGUUGAUUCCAAGCGGUGCAUUUUGCAACCCCUCCGCGAUGCUCCUUCUGGGUCCAAACUUCUCUCUUCGACCUCUUUACUGCUAAGCGGGGGUGGUUCUGGGUCUUCGUUGAAGUUUUCCCGGGAUGAGGUUGUGCACUCGGAUAGUUCUAGCAGUGAUGCCAGCAGUUGCGAAUCCGUGCACGGUUCUGACAGCGAUGCCUCCUGUGCGCGGACCUUGGAGCCUACUUGCGAUGCGAGAGCUUUUGAGGUUCGCCUUGGUGUGUACGCCUCUCCCGAUGAAUUUCUUGAUGGGUGCAGAAAGGUUACUCAUCCUUUCGAUCACCUGCAUGCCGCUCCUGAUCGUCUCAAACAAUGCAUUUUUGACAUGUUGGUCAAUGGCCCGACCUGGGUUGUGCAACGGAGGGCGGCCCUACUCAGGAAGUGGACGUCCUGGGCCUCCGACCUCGAAGGCGAGGAACGUGCUUUGAAGGAGGCGCUUGAUCCUCAGGUCGCCAAGGUUUUGCAAGGAAAAAGGCUAAAGCUUCUGGAGCGUAUUGCCGGCUCCCUUGGUUGGGUUGACAUGAAGGUUUUCGAUGAACUGCGCAAUGGUUUUGACUUGGUGGGCCAUCAUGAACACACUGGAGUUUUCGCUCACGAGCCCAGGCCACCUAAGUUGGCCGAAAGUGAUUUCAUUAGUGCCGCACAGUUUCUGCAGCCCGCUUUACUUGGAAAGAUUCGUGCUUCUGCAUCCGAUGCGAAUGCUCGCGAGCUGUGGGACAAGACUCUUGAUGAGGUGGCUGAUGGCAUUCUUGAGGGACCGCUUUCUGCUGAGGAGUUGUUGUCUCGACACGGGCCGUGCUGGCUCCCUACUCGCCGGUUCGGCGUUGAACAGACUUCCUCCGCCGGCCGUAAACUUAGACCUGUUGAUGAUUUCACUGAGAACAAGGUCAAUUUGGCUUUCGGCUCGAUGGAUAAGCUUGAUCUUAACGCGCUUGACGAGUUGAUUGGGAUCAGCAGGUUGUGGAUUCGGGUUCUGAACGGGCCGCCCGAUUUCACAAUCCCUCUCUCAACUGGUGAAUCCUUGAGUGGUCGUCGGCAUGACGGCUGGAAGAAGGUGGGGUGCGAGCCUCUCCUCACUACCUUGGACCUCCGAGCGGCUUAUAAGCAAUUUGCGGUUUCUGCGAAGUCGCGGGCCCUGGCAAUAAUCGCAUUGCUUGACCCUUCGACUGCUGAGCCUGGACUCUUUGAGUCGAAGGCCCUACCUUUCGGGAGUUCCGCUUCGGUGCUUCACUUCAAUCGCCUUGCGCGCCUAUUCUGGCGCAUCGGCGUGGAGCUGUGUGUGCCUUGGUGCAACUUUUACGAUGACUUCCCUGUCAUGUCUCCGAGUGGCAUUGCUGACAACACCAUGGAGACCAUGAUUGCCCUGUGUAACCUGUUGGGGUUUAGGUUCGCCUCUGAUAAGCUUUCCCCCUUUAAGGCCCAAGCCACGAUGCUUGGAGUGGAGGUUGAUUGCUCUCGCUUUUCCGAAGGCCUGGUCCUAGUCAGGAACAAGCCUGGCCGGGCCGAAGAGCUCAUUGCCUCUCUUGACGAAGUCCUUGAGGAAGGUUUGAUUUCUCGGAAGCGGUAUCUAAGCUUAAUGGGUCGCUUGCAUUACACCGACUCGUACAUCCUUGGCAAGGCUGGACGGCUCUUCAUGGCCGAGGUCAGGUCGUGGGCAAAGUCGCAUUCUGGACCUGAGUUGAAGCUUGAUGAGUUUGUUCGGAGCUCUCUUGAGCGGUUGCUGAAACGACUUCGUUGUGGCACGCCUCGCCAUGUCCCUUGCUCUGUCGCCGAUCACGUUGUGCACAUUUACACCGAUGGAGCGAGCGAAUGUAGCUCUCACACCGUUGGCGGGGUGUUGAUGAUUCAGAAUCAGGUUCACGCUUACUUUGGUUGCUCUGUCCCUGAUGUCCUAGUCUCGCGUUGGGCUGACUCCAUGUGUCACUUUAUUGGGCCCAUUGAGGCCUAUGCCGUUGCCGUCGCGAGGAAGGCUUGGCACCAAUUCAUCGCGGGACACAGAUGUAUCUUCUACAUAGACAAUGUGCCAGCGCAAGACGCCUUUAUCAAAGGCACCUCUGUAAAUCAUCAUGUCAGGGACAUCUUGUUGUCUUUCGAGGCGGCCGAAGAGCUCAGUGCUUCUUGGUCUUGGUUCGCCCGUGUAGCCAGCCAGAGCAAUGUGGCGGAUGCUCCGUCGCGUGGCGACUUCGCCGAUCUGCUUAAUUCUGGGUGUCGUAGGGUUAGUCCCUCGUGCCCCUUGUCGGGUUGUGACCUUAAGGCCCUCCUGGCUCCCGCAAGGAUUACUAAGAAGGGGUGA